AUGAGCGUAUUGGAUUUCGAAUUCGAGGAACGAGGGUAUGACGCACAUCCGGACUCCUCGAUCGUACACAUAAGUGCCUACAAUCGCUCUACAAUUAGAUCGGAGGUUCACAUUGAGGCGCAGCAGCACGACACAAGCACGACAGUUGCGCGACAUGCCAGAUGGCAGGCCCUCGUGCCACGCCUCCCAAGCUUCAUCGAUUGUGCUUUGACUCCCUCGAGGAAAAUAAGAACGCAUUUCGGAAAGGCCUCUAGCCAAUCCCGUUCAUCCUUCAGUAACAGCCUCCUGACCCUUCUCCCUAAUUCUAUCCGAAAUUCGAUACGAGAGAACAUUGACAAUGAGACUAUCGAUCACCAUGUCCGUCUAGAAUCUAGAUUCAACAUGUCCUUAAAUGUAUCGCAUCCCGAAACACGACUUUGCCACGAGUUCAAGUACUGGGUGCUGGAAGGGCUAGUGCUACCUCGACGACACUGGCAGCGACGACGGCACACUAGCAACUUCUACGCCACCGGAAAACGCUUCAUUCCCGUUCGAGCAUGUUCUCAAUCUACUACCCUGAUCUGCACUGCUAACUUGACCGCCCUUCACGUACACCCUCAAUUACUAUAUCUCGCCGUGCAGCGUAUCGAAGCACAGCUGGGAGGCUCCUUAUCAGAUAAGAAUCUAUCUCACCAGACUGGGCUCGAUUCGAAAGAUCUUCCUGCCAAUAUUGAUAUGAUACUGGCCUUAAUGCUAUCGCUCACUACCAAAAACAUCACCCUCACUCGCUCACGCAAAUAUAAGCGCCCAAAACGCCAGCCGCCGGCGCCAAGUUCCAACACCCCAAAAGCACCUAGAGAGGAUCCCUCAAAUCCACCCUCCUGA